CGGUCACCCCGCCGUCGGCUACAGGCACGGGCUCUCGCCGCUCCUCGGUGUGGGAGGGUCCGCGCCGUCCUUCAGCCUGGGAGCGCCGCUCGGUCUGUGGUUUGUCGACGCCGUGGGGCCGAAGACCUCGUCGCCUGCCACGACGAGGACGCUGGGGCCACUACCUUAGUACACAAGCAGCAGGUGGGCAUAUACGGAUGGCGUAAACGCUGUCUGUACCUGCUGGUCACGCUGCUGUUCGCCAUGGUCAUCAUGAACGUGGCGCUCACGGUGUGGGUGCUCCGGGUGCUCGACUUCUCGCUGGAUGGCAUGGGCCGACUACGCAUCGUGGAGCGUGGUGUCCGGCUAGAAGGAGAAGCUGAGUUCCUGAAUUCUCUAUACGCCGCGCAAAUACGAUCACGGAGGGAACAGCCCCUCAACAUAGAGUCUUCCAAGAACAUUACGCUCAAUGCCAGAAAUAACCAAGGGCAGAUUUCUAAUAGACUUUUUAUAGGAAAUUCAAUCGUUGAAGCCUUCGCCGACGAGUUUAGAGUUCGUGACUCUAGGGGAAAGCUGUUAUUUCGGGCUGCCGAUGACGAAGUUACAGUGGCAGCUGAUUCUCUAAAAGUCACUGGUCCUGGAGGCGUAAGGUUCGACGGAUCGGUGCAGACACCGUUAGUUCGCUCCGAGACGUUCAAGCAGCUAAAGCUGGAGUCGCCUACACGGAGGCUAAAGGUGGAAGCGCCGCAAGGCGUUCUUGUGGAGUCAAAAGCCGGAGACAUCAGUGUCGCCUGUCACCGGAACCUUACUCUCCAGUCAAGACAAGGCGAGAUCUUUCUAGACUCGGAACGCAUCGUGUUCCAGAACCUCAAGACUCCGCUGCCGGCGUUAUCGGGGAGUCCUUACAAGAAUGUGUUUCAGCUUUGUGUCUGUCAGACUGGUGUGUUGUUCCUGUCCGAGCCGGAUGGACAGUGUCGAGCGGACGACAGCGUCUGCAAGUGAACAAACCUCAGCCAACCCAGAACUAACUGUGUACGCCAAGAUCAAGCUUACGCGCUAGCGAUCGAGCUUAGAGAAUGUGCAUGCCGCAUAUUAGCACGCAGCGAGUACCCGAGUGGAAGAAGAACAACAACCAGGGUGAUAAGAUGUUCAGGAACAUCGUCGUGAACCACGUCGGGGCUUCAAAAGCAGGAGACCUGCCCAGCGUUUGAAUUCUACUCCGAACUGUGCCGAGUUAGAUGCGCCAACGAAAUGAGUUCGUAUGCUCAGCGUGCAGUUACCGAUGUGUCAAAAUAAUGAUCUGUGAAGAAAGACAGUUGUUAGAUGCGCAUUAUUCGCAGUUAAUACACAUAUUUUCUACGGCGCAGGGAGGGCUGGCUGACUAACAUCAGUAAGGCUCUUGUUGACGUAAACGUGUGGUUCUGAUACGAAAAUUUUUAUGUUGGUUACAUCAAGGCAAUGUGUUGUGCUGGCGUUACACUGCGUUUAUAUGAAUAGCAGGUUUCAUAUGUAUUGGAGGACAAUGGAAACGAAGCUUAAUAUCAGCUGAUAAUCAGUGCAUCAUGGCACGGCUAAGGAGAGCGGAUAUCAGAUAUACCACGUCUUGAAUAAAACAAGACAACUUAUUCGAACGAAUAUUCACAACAAUAACUAAAGCGGGGAACGAAUAGUGAGUUAGGUAAAUGACGUUAGAGCAUGAAUAACGAGAGACAACAACCGAUGAAAGUCAGAGAUGUUAAACAGGUGAAUCGUCCGGUUCAUUACGUAGAGCCCUACACGGCUCAAAACUACACGGCUCAAAACACGGCUUAAGCGGGCAUCUCGCGGGAGUGCGGACGAACAAAAUUAUAAUAUAAUUUUAUUCUCGCUGUUCGGGAAAGGUCAAUUUCGCACAGUUCCGCGAGUGAACUGUUUUUCGUUAGAGAGCUUCAACGUUAAAAAGUAGAACGGUGAGUAUGCUUGUUGCCUGAAGAUUGUUGCCUUAUGCGUCACAUUGA